CACACACACACACACACACACCUGAUGCCGCUUCAGGACGCGACACAGUCAGCCGUAUAGUGAGUGGCACGCUCUGCCCUCUGCUCUCUUGUGCCGCACUCCCCCAUCUGGCACAGAACAGACGCAGCGUGGCGAGGCUCACUGAAAAACUGACGUGUUUUGCGCAUUUCCUGCACUGCCGUUUAGACAGUCGGGGGAAAAAAGGAGGCAGGUCUGCAGGAAACGGAGCACCAACGGCGAGGAAGCUGCCUGGAUCGGUGACGAGCAUACGGAAACCGAGAAAACACACAAGCAAAAGGAGUGGGGGGGAAACUACAACUCGUCCUCUAAAGCGUAAACGGAUUUUGUCUGCGAAACUGGCGUGCAUGUGAAACGUCCCAAAUGCGUUGUGGAGACGCCGAGAUCAUUCCGUCCCCUUUCUGGCAACUGUGGAAUAUAGGAGAGCUUUGAGAGAUCGGUCCUGAAGAGGUGCUGGCUGGUUUAUUUUGCUCCCGAAGGUUGAGGUGGGGAGUGCUGCAUGCGCCCGAGUCUUUCAUGUGACACAUCGAAACAAUUCAACCGUCUGUGUUGUUUAGCCUCGUUCGAAUCGUGAUCUGGAUGAUAUGAUUUGUGAGUUUUGACACCCAAAUGUCUAGUGUUGUGGAGGGCUACGGUGGGAGACCAUAAAAAAGCCCAACUGUAGAGUCUGGAUCACGUCGAGGCGUGUGAUUUGCAUUCAAUUUGGAUGAGUGUUCGCAAGUGAGGAGACGGCGAUUUUCCCGUUAUUUUAAAAGGGGAGGCGUGUUCCCAGGGAGAGUAUUCAUUCAGGAAGGUUCCUCUACACAACAUUUACCCCCACUGGAGUGAUAGGGAUUUAGGUGUACUUCACACACCCUCUUUCCAACCACAUCUGAGCGGGAUUACAUCACCACCAUGGUGGUUUUUAAUGGGUUGUUGAAGAUUAAGAUUUGCGAGGCUCUGGACUUAAAGCCGACAGCUUGGGCUCUCAGGCACAAUGUGGGCCCGAAGUCCCAGACGUUUCUACUGGACCCGUACAUCGCGCUGAACGUGGACGACUCGCGCGUGGGCCAGACCUCCACCAAGCAGAAGACCAACAGUCCCGCGUGGAAUGACGAGUUCGUCACCGAGGUCUACGACGGCAGGAAGAUCGAACUGUCUGUUUUCCAUGACGCGCCCAUCGGUUACGACGACUUCGUGGCCAACUGCACCAUACAGUUCGAGGACCUGCUGCAAAACAGCCCCAAGCACUUCCAGGAUUGGAUUGAUUUGGAGCCAGAGGGGAAAGUGUAUGUCAUCAUCGACUUGUCUGGAUCGUCCAGUGAAGCUGCGACAGGUCCUGAAAAUGAGGAGCGUGUGUUUCGGGAGCGCAUGCGGCCGCGGAAGCGCCAGGGGGCCGUGCGGCGGAGGGUCCAUCAGGUUAACGGACACAAGUUCAUGGCCACCUACCUGAGGCAACCCACAUACUGCUCCCACUGCAGAGACUUUAUAUGGGGAGUUCUUGGGAAGCAAGGUUACCAGUGUCAAGUGUGCACCUGUGUCGUCCACAAGCGGUGUCAUGAGCUGAUCAUCACAAAGUGUGCUGGCCUGAAGAAGCAGGAGGAUGUAGCUGAAGAGGUGGGGUCACAGCGCUUCAGUGUAAACAUGCCCCACAAAUUCAGUAUCCACAACUACAAAGUUCCCACCUUUUGUGACCACUGCGGCUCUCUCCUCUGGGGUCUGCUCAGGCAAGGCUUACAGUGCAAAGUCUGUAAGAUGAAUGUACACAGACGCUGUGAAAGUAACGUGGCCCCCAACUGUGGGGUGGACGCGCGGGGCAUCGCUAAGGUGCUCUCAGACCUGGGGGUCACGCCCGACAAGAUCUCCAACACAGCACAGAGGAGGAAAAAGCUCCCCCCGGGCCAAGAGCCACAGCCUCUUCCCUGCAUCCCCCAGGCAGAAGAGGACCGCUCCAAAUCAGCGCCUACCUCUCCAUGUGACCAGGACCUGAAAGACGUGGACAACAUCAGGAAGGCACUGUCCUUCGGGGACCGGGGGGAGGAGCACAAAUCAGGCUCCUCCUCCGCUGCACAAGGAGGCGGGGCCUCUGAGGGCGGGGCGUCAGACGGCCGGGAGAACGGCGAGGUGCGGACGCUGGCCCACAAGAGGAUGAAUCUGGAACACUUCAGCUUCAUCAAAGUCCUGGGCAAGGGCAGCUUCGGCAAGGUGAUGCUGGCGGAGCUGCGGGGUACGGACGAGGUGUACGCUGUGAAGGUCCUGAAGAAGGAUGUUAUCCUGCAGGACGAUGACGUGGACUGCACCCUGACAGAGAAGCGCAUCCUCGCACUCGCCAGGAGACACCCCUACCUUACGCAACUCUUCUGCUGCUUCCAGACUAAAGAUCGUCUCUUCUUCGUCAUGGAGUAUGUCAACGGCGGCGAUCUGAUGUUCCAAAUCCAGCGUUCCAGGAAGUUCGACGAGCCGCGCUCCCGCUUCUACGCGGCGGAGGUCACGUCGGCGCUCAUGUUCCUGCACCAGAACGGAGUGAUCUACAGAGAUCUGAAACUGGACAACAUCUUGCUGGAUGCGGAGGGUCACUGUAAGCUAGCUGACUUUGGCAUGUGCAAGGAAGGGAUCCUCAACGGCGUCACGACGACCACCUUCUGUGGCACACCCGACUACAUUGCUCCCGAGAUCCUGCAGGAGCUGGAGUAUGGUCCGUCUGUGGACUGGUGGGCGCUGGGCGUCCUGAUGUAUGAGAUGAUGGCGGGCCAGCCUCCUUUCGAGGCCGACAACGAGGACGACCUGUUUGAGUCCAUACUCCACGACGACGUGCUCUACCCCGUCUGGCUCAGCAAAGAGGCUGUCAGCAUCCUGAAGGCUUUCAUGACGAAGAGCCCCAACAAGCGUCUGGGCUGUGUGGUGGCCCAGGGUCUGGAGGAGGCCAUCAAGGUGCACCCCUUCUUCAAGGAGAUCGACUGGGAGCUGCUGGAACAGAGGAAGGUCAAGCCACCCUUCAAGCCGCGCAUUAAAACCAAAAGGGAUGUGAAUAACUUCGACCAGGACUUCACGCGCGAGGAGCCCGUGCUGACCCCAGUGGACGACGCCAUCAUCAAGCAGAUCAACCAGGACGAGUUCAAGGGCUUCUCAUACUGUGGAGAGGAGACGCUCUCUUGAGCCCCCAUGCACACACAAAGGCCCGCCGACAGGGGGGGACAAAGGGGUAUGUUGUCCCGGGCCCAGGGAGACAGGGGGCUCAGAAUUGGGUCCCCAUUAUAUUGUAUGUAUUGGGUAGGGGGCCCUUUCAGAUUAGUUUGUCCUGGGCCCAGCAAAAGCUGUCAGCGGCCCUGCACACACACGCACUACCGUAUACACAUCUUAGACAUGCCUACAGACACACACACACACACACACACACACACACACACACACACACACACACACACACACACACACACACACACACACACACACACACACACACACACACACACACACACACACACACACCUGCUUCCUUGUUUCUUCCGCUGUUGAAAGCCCUUCUUCUUCUUCUUCCUCCUCCUCCUCAAUCACUUAUUAAUGGGCACAAAACACACAUGCAGUACAUGCUGUAGCAUAGAGAAGUAGCUCUUCUUUUAGUUGCUUUAGUUGUUCUUAGUAGUAAAUGCAUAAUGCAUAAAAUGCAAGCACAGAAUGAAACGCAAGCACACACACACACCAGCACACACACACACACACAC